AUGCCUCUUAUUCGUUUAGGAGAUACCACUGAAUCUGUGAUUUCAUCCUCCUAUUCAAGUGAACUAUCAUUAAAUAGUGGAAUAUUUUAUCGACUCAAUGAUGAUAUAGAUAAUUACUACUACUAUCAGGCUAUUCAAGUCCAUGUGCCUGUAUCUGGCACUUACAUUUUUACAAGCGACAGUAGUCUCGACACUAUAGGCUUUUUCUACGAUACUAAUUUUGAUCCAUCCGUUCCGACUAAAAAUUUGGUGACUAAUGAUGAUGAUGGCGGCGACAUCAGUUUACAAUUUCUUGUUGAAGUUUUCCUCGAAGCUGAACAUCCGUACAUUCUGGUUGUAACAACGCACGGAGACGCUGAAACGGGAAGCUUUUCAAUAUCGGCCAGUGGUCCUGCUGCUGUGGAUUUUUUGUCGAUCACACCAACAACGAGUCAACCAAUGAUAAUGCCAUCUAUUGUACCUACGAUUUCGUCGUCUUAUUCCAGUUCACUUUCGACAAGUAGUGGGAUAUUUCAACGAGUCUAUGGUGAUUCAGAGUACUUUUACUACUAUCAGGCUAUUCAAGUCACAGUACCAACAUCGGGUACCUACACGUUCACGAGUGACAGUGAUCUUGAUACUAUGGGCUAUUUUUAUGAUCCUUCUUUUGAUCCAUCCGUUCCGACCGAGAAUUUGGUGACUGAUGAUGAUGAUGGUGGCGACAUCCAUGCACAAUUUCUUAUUGAAGCUUUUCUCGAAGCUGGACGCACCUACAUUUUGGUUGUCACAACGCAUGGAGAAUCACUAACGGGAAGUUUCUCGGUAUCAGCGAGUGGUCCUGACUCCGUUAAUUUUUUAUCCAUCACACCGACAACCAGUCAACCAAUAACAACGCGUGAGUUCGUCAAUAAUACAUUCCCUGCGAGUGAUAUUUAUGCAGUCGGUGGUACUUUGCGAGGUCAAAUGCCUGCAUUUCUUUUCUUCAAAUAAUUUACUUAUAGUCAGAGAGGAGAUUCCUGGUUCACUUUUUUGUCUAAUUCGUUGCAUUUUUUACAAAAUUGUACCAUAAUGAAGAAAGAGGAAACAAGAAGAAGAACGAGCAAAGAGAGUCCAAAGGCUAGAGACAUCUCAUUUCAUAGAAAGAAAAUCAUUGUGGGUUUAUUCUUGACAAGAGUCAUUUUAACUGAAUUUAACAGCAAUUUGUUUGAUUUAUUUUAGCAUUAACUGAACCUUCUUUUGUGUCAUCAUACUCAGGUUCACUUUCGUCUAGUAGUGGAAUAUUUCAACGAGUCUCGGGUGAUUCCGAGUAUUUCUACUACUAUCAGGCUAUUCAAGUCACAGUACCAACAUCGGGUACCUACACGUUCACGAGUGACAGUGAUCUUGAUACUAUGGGCUAUUUUUAUGAUCCUUCUUUUGAUCCAUCCGUUCCGA